AUGCACUUAAAAACACCUGAACCAGAAAACCAAGCGCCUCUCGAUCUCAGAAAUGCAGAAAAGACUGUCAAGAGAGACACACAGCUGGAGGAUGGAGUGGACUGGCGACAUCUGACGAUAGCAGCAAAGUUGCCGCUAUUAAAAGCUGAUAUCCUAGAUUUCAAGGCUGCCUUCUCCUUGAGGGAUGAAUACAUGGAAGAAAAUUGCUUUGAUUAA